GGCAAGUCUUCCCGUUCAUCCACCCCUGAGUGCCAUGGCUGCACCAGAAAAGACAGGUGGAUCUGUUACAGAAGAAUGUGUGGAUUCCGCCUCACCGACAAGCCUGGGUGCUCCAAUGGAGCUCAACAUAAUGAGACUUUCUGGUGAUGAAACGCUUCUGACUGUUCCGCAGGACCUGAAGCUGUACGACUUCAAGACCCUCUUGGCGGAGCAUGGCAUCCUGGACGAGCGCCUGCAAGUGGAGUUUCUGCUGGAUGGAGUUCCGCUGCAGCAGAAUCCGGAGAUGACAUUGAUGGAGCUUGGCGUGGACGGAUCCUGUCCACUCAUGGUGGUGAAAAAGCGUGGUUAUGACUACAGUCGAAUCACCAAGUUUGAACAUGAGGUGUUAUCUGAGAGGUGGCCACAAGGAGUUCUAACCACGCAGGAAGGCCUUCUCCAUGUCUGCCACUUCCAGGGCGAGCUUAUGGUGUUUAGCCCAGAGCUGGUGUUGGUCUCGAAACAAAUCUUGCCACGAGAGGUGGUGAAUCCCAGCCAGAUGCAAAUGGCACCCAACGGCGACCUUGUCUUUGCAUGUAGCAGGACUGGUGGAGCCACUGCUGCAGUGGUGGAUCCCAAAACCAUGGAGGUGAAGCGAUUUCUCAACGCACCUGGGGUGGUCGGCGCUGAAGGAGGUCGCGGCCUGGGCUUGGCCUUGAGAGGAGGUAUUGUGUACCUCUCCUAUGGAGGACGUUUGUCUGAUGGAGAGAAGCGUGGCUGCGUAGUUGCGUUGGACUUUGAGACCGGCGAAGUCGUCCAAACCUUCCGCGGCUUCGCCAAGCCCACGGGGCUCUGUGUGGCCAACGACCAGUUGCUGGUGUCGGAUCGUGGCGCCAACGAGGUCCGCAUCAUGACCUUGGAGGGCGAAGAUGUGCACACCAUUGGACAAGGUCAGUUGAAGUAUCCCAAUGACGUGGCGGUGGACAGCUGCGGAAACAUCCUGGUGAUGGACACAGGCAAUGAACGUGUUGCUGUUUUUUCUCCUCGUGGGCAACUCAUGGCCAGCGUGUUGCAGGGCACCUUCAAAGAUCGGGGCAACACCCACAGCUACAUCUCGGUGAAUCCAUUGACCGGUGCCAUUUCCGUGUCGAUGGACGAUAUCCACAAGGUGGCUAUCCUAUGUCCACCAAUUUCCAGCGGCUGAGCUGAGGACGCAAGAGACCCCACCCUGAACCACUCAUUCAACGGCUAAAAGACUACGGAUAUAGCACAUCAUAGCACUAAAU